AUGACUGGAUACCUCACCCAUUUCUAUGGGAACUUUGCCAGGAGCCUGAACACUUCUCUCUGGGUCCGUUGGGAUCUCGUUCCGGAAAACGAAGCACCCAAUCACAACGUCACUUCUGCGUUGCUACGGGAUGGUUUGGUGGACUUUCCACUGGUGCUGACCACACUUGCUCCGGAACCGUUUUAUCCCAGCUAUGUGGGGGAGAUAACCAGUUGGUUUUUGAUGCUGCCCGUGGAUCCCGAUAUGCCGCACUCUAGUCUUUACUUAAACCUCAAGGGAUGGCGAUACUUCUUGGGCCUGAUGAUCAUUUUGGCCCUGCUGCUGGUCAAUGCCCAUCGUUUGGAGUCGGGCGAAAGAUACCUUACCCUGCGAUGCGGUGACAUCUUUGGGGAUCAGGUUUUGAGAGCCAUCUUGGCACAGUCCUUCGUCAUGCCGAACAGACUCUCUUUCAGCAGAACUCUACUGUACAGCCUGCUAAUGAUGGCAGGUCUAAUAGUUAGUACUUUUUAUAGUGCCAAUCUAUCGACACUGCUCGUUAAUCCGCCAGCUGCCUACAAGAUCCUGAGCUAUGAAGACCUACGGAGAACCCAUGGAAAGAUCUUAAUCUUGCAGCAGGAGCUGCCCACUCUCAAUAACUCUAUUGGGAAAGAAGUUCUGGAAAGAAACCUGGACGCCUUUGAGAUUACCCCCUCUGUUGUGGAGUUUCUGGCCAAACGGAACGAGCUGAAUACCUCCUUUGGAUAUCCGGUUACCAAUACUCUGUGGCCCUUUCUCCAACUGAAACAGAUUAAAAUGCGGCGACCUGUCUUUCGAAAGUCCAAUGAAAUAAGCUUCAUGCAAUUUAUGCCAGUUACAAUGCCGAUGGCCAGAAAUUCAAUAUACCGUGACGUAUUUAACAGAUAUCUUAGUCACACACUGGCCAGUGGUUUGUACGAUCUGUGGUUCAGGAGAUCCUAUCACGAACUGAUAGCCGUGGGAAAACUGAACUACAGUGAAGAUCAUUCAGAGCCUCCAUAUCACGACCUCAUCUGGGAGGACCUGUACUACGUGUGGAUUGCCUAUAUUGGUGGAACUAUAGUCGGCCUGUUGGUCCUGCUUUUUGAAAUUGUUUACAUCAAGUGGCAUCAACAAAACUAG